AUGUCUGUUCUACCGUUGUCACCGCAGGCCUGGUCCAGGCUCGCUUGCGCUCUGGUGGUUUCGUGGGGUGAUAUUUGCUCCCUCACCAUCAAGCCUCCUGCAGCAACGCCAAGAUCUCUUACAGGGAGCACCACGGGAUGGUUUCUUCACUACCAGCAAAAUGCAACUGCUGCUAGGGUAAUCACGUUCCCUCUAUUUCGAUUACACGGCUGUGAGAAGAUCCGAAAGCCUCAGUUUUACUAUGUCAUGGUAUUAGAAAGCGAGGAAGAAAACUAG